UAGACCCUGCGCAGCAGCGCCGGCGAAGCUCCUAACAUGGCGCCGGGCCCGCGCCAGGCCGCCCACGUGACCUAGAUUCGGGUCCCUUCUGGAGAGAACGUUCCGUAGCCUCGCGAGAGAAAGGCUGACUGCGCGCUGUCGCGAGCUCUGAGUCGAGGGGGGGCGGGGAGAGCGAAAAUAUCUCGCGAUACUUCGGGAGUCUUUUCUCCUAGAAUCCGGGGGUGGGUGUGGGGGGGUAACUAGGAGGUGAUCUCGCGGUAUCCUCCAGGAAAGCCGAGCGGCUCCGCUUGGGGUCAUAGGAGCCCAUGGUAGGAAAUCUCGCGCGACGUCACCGGAGCCUCCUCCAUCGAAAACCGAGGAGACGAGCCUGCAGAGAUAUCGCGAUAGUUCUGGAUUCCUCCCCUCCCUUAAUCGAGAGCUGCCGGUUCUCUCGCGGGAUCCUUGCUGCAGGGGCGGGGGAAGGGAGCGAGCCGAAAGGGGGCGUAGUUUGCGUGCUGAAGUCAGCGCGCUGGCAGGGAGGGGGCGGGGGUAUAUAAGGGGCGGGCCGAGCCGGGGGGGUUUCAGUUAGAGAGGCGAAACGAUUCGAGGUGAACAAGCGGCAGCAGCGGCGAGUUCGAGACCCGGCGAAUCUGACUCUCUGGACGCGGAGCGUGACCUCCCUAGACGAUCUCUCGUUAUGAGUCAUGUGGCGGUGGAAAAUGCCCUCAGUCUAGACCAGCAGUUUGCUGGUCUAGACCUGAAUUCCUCAGACUCUCAGAGUGGUGGAAGCACAGCAAAAGGUCGAUAUAUUCCUCCUCAUUUACGGAAUAGAGAACCUUCAAAACAGGGAUUUGACAGUGGGUGGAAUUCUGGUAGAGACAAGGAUGCAUACAGCAGCUUUGGUGCUCGGAGUGACCGUGGUGGAAAAUCAAGCUUCUUUAGUGAACGUGGGAAUGGGUCAAGAGGAGGCAGAUAUGAGGACCGUGGAAGAGGCGGUGACUAUGAUGGCAUUGGCAGUCGUGGUGAUAGGGGUGGCUUUGGCAGAUUUGACCGUGGUGGAAAUAGUCGCUGGUCUGAAAAGUCAGAUGAAGAUGACUGGUCAAAACCACUUCCACCAAGUGAUCGUCUGGAACAAGAGCUCUUCUCCGGAGGCAAUACAGGCAUUAACUUUGAGAAAUAUGAUGACAUUCCUGUUGAGGCAACAGGCAGCAACUGUCCUCCACAUAUUGAAAGUUUCAGUGACCUUGACAUGGGAGAAAUUAUCAUGGGCAACAUUGAGCUCACUCGCUACACCCGUCCUACUCCAGUUCAGAAACAUGCUAUACCUAUCAUCAAGGACAAGAGAGAUUUGAUGGCCUGUGCCCAGACAGGUUCUGGGAAAACUGCUGCAUUUCUUCUACCAAUAUUGAGUCAGAUCUAUACAGAUGGUCCAGGUGAUGCUCUGAGGGCUAUGAAGGAAAAUGGAAGGUAUGGACGCCGUAAGCAAUACCCAAUCUCUCUAGUCCUGGCUCCAACUAGAGAACUGGCAGUGCAGAUCUAUGAAGAAGCCAGAAAGUUUGCAUAUCGUUCCAAAGUUCGUCCUUGUGUUGUCUAUGGUGGUGCUGACAUUGGUCAACAGAUACGUGACUUGGAACGUGGGUGUCACUUGCUUGUGGCAACUCCAGGACGACUGGUUGACAUGAUGGAGAGGGGAAAGAUUGGAUUGGACUUUUGCAAAUAUCUGGUACUGGAUGAAGCUGAUCGCAUGCUUGAUAUGGGGUUUGAGCCUCAAAUUCGCCGUAUUGUUGAACAAGAUACUAUGCCACCAAAGGGAGUUCGUCAUACCAUGAUGUUCAGUGCUACUUUUCCCAAGGAAAUCCAGAUGCUUGCCCGUGACUUCCUGGAUGAAUAUAUCUUCCUGGCUGUUGGCAGAGUUGGCUCUACAUCUGAGAACAUCACACAGAAAGUAGUGUGGGUGGAAGAGUCAGACAAACGGUCAUUUCUGCUUGACCUGCUAAAUGCCACAGGUAAAGACUGUUUGGGAGAAUUUCAACACAGCUCUAAUGGCUCAGGCAAAGAUUCACUGACUCUGGUGUUCGUGGAGACUAAAAAGGGAGCUGAUUCUCUGGAGGACUUUCUCUACCACGAAGGAUACGCUUGUACAAGCAUCCAUGGAGAUCGCUCUCAGAGAGACAGAGAAGAAGCUCUGCACCAGUUCCGCUCAGGCAGAAGCCCAAUUCUGGUUGCCACAGCAGUUGCAGCAAGAGGAUUGGACAUUUCAAAUGUGAAACACGUCAUAAACUUUGACUUGCCAAGUGACAUUGAAGAAUAUGUGCAUCGCAUUGGUCGUACAGGCCGUGUGGGAAACCUUGGGCUUGCCACCUCAUUCUUCAAUGAGAGGAACAUAAACAUCACCAAGGACUUGCUGGAUCUCCUUGUUGAAGCGAAACAGGAAGUACCAUCGUGGUUGGAAAACAUGGCUUAUGAGCAGAUUCAUAAGGGUGGUAGCAGUCGUGGGCGUUCGAAGAGUCGGUUCAGUGGAGGAUUUGGUGCCAGAGACUAUCGAACAAGUAGCGGUGGCAGCAGUAGUAGCUUUAGCAGUAGUCGACCAAGCAGCAGCCGCAGCGGUGGUGGCAGUAGCAGCAGCGGCCAUGGAGGCAGCAGAGGAUUUGGAGGUGGUGGCUAUGGAGGCGGCUUCUACAACAGUGAUGGAUAUGGAGGAAACUAUAACUCCCAGGGGGUUGACUGGUGGGGCAACUGAGUCUGCUUGCAGCAGACAUCCCACCAAACAAGCUAAUAUGGAAACCACAUGUAACUUAGCCAGACUAUACCUUGUGUAGCUUCAAGAACUCGCAGUACAUUACCAGCUGUGAUUCUCCACUGAAAUUUUUUUUAAGGGAGCUCAAGGUCACAGAAGAAACAAAAGGAACAAGCAGCCCUAUUUUGAAGGUGAAGAUUCCAUUGCUGUAGUCAGGAUUAACUCCCCUCCCAGCCACCCUAACCCCAAACUGCAUUUCUAAUUUUGUGACUGAGGAUCAUUUGUUUGUUAAUGUACUGUGCCUUUAACUUUAGACAACUUUUAUUUUGAUGUCCUGUUGGCUCAGUAAUGCUCAAGAUAUCAAUUGUUGACAAAAUCAAAAUUACUGAACUUGAGCUAAAAUCAAACCUUGGCACACAGGUGUGAUACAACUUAAACAGGAAUCAUCGGUUCAUCCAUAAUAUUACAAAAACUUAUGCGGUAGCCUGCAUUAGGGCUUUUGAUACUUGCAGAUUUGAAAAAAAAACAACAAACAAACAUCUUGAAGCAUAUCAAUGGAAUUAGUUUCUAAUGUGGCAAAACUGUACUAAGUUAAAGUUCUGAUUUGCUCACUCUAUCCUGGAUAGGUACUUAGAACCUGAUAGUCUUUAAUAAGCCAUUCCAGUCAUGAUGAGAUGAUGUAUGGAUACAUGCAUACAUUAAAAGCACUGUUUUUGAAGUUAAUGCAAGUAAAUACAGCAAUUCCUUUUUCAAUGUUUAGGCAGAUCAUUAAUGUGAGCUAGCCAAAUGUGGGCAGAAUAUUACAGGGAACGUUUAAAGGUCUGAUAACUUGAAAUAGUUUUUAGGAGAAUUCAUCUAUUUAGACUUUUUAAAAAUGCCUGCCAUAUGAAAUUGAAAUGGUAGAAUGGCUGACCACAACAGUGACUGGUCCUCCUUAAGGGCCUGACUGAUUUUGGUCUAAUAACGCAUGCUAGUGUUGAUGUUUUUUGGUCAAGAGGGUAUGAACAGGAAGAAUUAUGCAGCAGGCUUUAUUUUAAUGCAGAUUCACAUUACUCUGUUCAAGCUGCGUUGAGAUGUUAAACUGGCUUACUGUAGACUUUGUAAAAUGGCUCCAGAAGAGUAACAAACAAAUCUUGAGAUCACAGAGGUUGGAAAUGUACAUAACUGCACAAGGUUUCAAUUCUGCUAUUAAAGUGCAGUUUUAGUCAGUUUUAGUUGCAUAGGUUUCCAUUGUAUUUAUAGUCUGUUUAUGCUAAAUCUGGCCAAAGAUAAGUAUUGUCCACCAGUAAAAUGCCUCUGCCACUUGGAAUUUCUGUGCUAACUUUUGUGGCCAGAGCCAUUAUCAACUCUUAAUCUACAGUGGCAUAGGAAAAUGGCAAAAAUCUCCUAAAGUGCAAUAGAUUUUUUCAAGUGUAUUGUGCCUUGUUCUAAAACUUUUAUUAAGUAGGUGCACUUGACAGUAUUGAGGUCAUUUGUUAUGGUGCUAUUUCAAUUAGUCUAGGUUUAGGCCCUUGUACAUUUUGCCCAUAACUUUUUACAAAAUACUUCUUUUAUUGCACAUUCAGAGAAUUUUAUAUAGGUCUUGUGUGCGUGUCCUUAACUUCCAAUCUUAUUUUGUCUCUUGGAGAUUGAACGCAGCUUGUCUAAGGAGAAGGAACUAGAUUCUAAAAUUUAUUUGGGACCAUGGGAAUGAUAGCUGGGAAGAAAACUAUUUGCACACGAGAUUUCUAGAUACUUUUUGCUGCUAGUUUUGUGUAAUAUUUAUUGAACAUUUUUGACAAAUAUUUAUUUUUGUAAGCCUAAAAGUGAUUCUUUGAAAGUUUAAAGAAACUUGACCAAAAGACAGUACAAAAACACUGGCACUUGAAUGUUGAAUGUCACCGUAUGCGUGAAAUUAUAUAUUUCGGGGUAGUGUGAGCUUUUAAUGUUUAAGUCAUAUUAAACUCUUAAGUCAAAUUAAGCAGACCCGGCAUUGGCGGUGUAGCCAUAACUUUCUGAUAGUAAAACAAAAAUUGGCAACUUAAAAUUAAACAUGCCAAGGUUUUGAUACACUUGUCUUAAGAUAUUAAUGAAACACUUCUAAACACUGAUGUGAAGUGUCCAGAUUCUCAGAUGUUUGUUUGCGUGAGUUUUGUUUAGUUGUGUGUGGUUUUUUGUUUUUGUUUAUUUUUCAGUGAAUGUCUGGCACAUUGCAAUCCUCAAACAUGUGGUUAUCUUUGUUGUAUUGGCAUAAUCAGUGACUUGUGCAUUUUAGCAAGUUUUAUCAGCCAACAAUAUUUUCAGUUCAGAAAUAAGGAUUAAAAAUCAUAUGCAAAGAAUGGGUUUAAACUUGCUGAAUGUAAAAAAUUCAACUUCAAGUCACUGUAGGUUUAGUAAUUGCUUAUUGUAUUAGUUUAGAUGCUAGCACUGCAUGUGCUGUGCAUUACUCUUGAUUUUAUUAAAAUAAAAAGUUGAACUGCA